GUCAUUAAAUAAAAUAAACUUAGUCUUUCAUGGUUGCAAAUAUUAUUGUAAUAUAGCCUAGGCUUAUAACUUUUUUUUUUUUUUUUAGUCUUAUUUUUUUAUUUUUUUUGUGUUUGUUUAAAGUUAUAAUACUGUAGGCAUUAUUAGGAUUAUAUGCUGAAAUAUUGUCCCGAUUAAAUAAAUUCACUGAAAGCCCGUUCAUUAAAACGAAGUAUUUAAAAUGUAACUCGCCAUGACCCAAGUGGUCGGUUUUGUGUCCCGCAGUAUACUGCGUGUAUCGUACGAACUCGUCAGCUGUUAUGAAACUGUCGUUGUACGUACGCGGGAUGGGCGACCCACAGCUCAUGCACUGCCUGCUACGUUCACCCAGCCACCGAUAAACAGGGAAAAUCAAUAGUCGGUCUUUAUCCCCCGCGUGACAAAUUAUUUAUAGGGCCGCUGUAUGCAGCUACACUAAUGAAUGCCCGACCCUAACUGGCAUGUUGGACUGUAUCCAAGAUCCACCGCCGGGCAGGCUAGGCUAGUCGAAAUAAAAACCGUGAUAGGGGGGACAGGGUUUCGGAAUUAACGCCGUUACAGGCGAUACCAUAUCAUAUCUUAAUAAUAUUUGUGCCUGUGGGUAAGAUAUAUGUUUUUGUUUGUUUGGGUUUUUUUCUUACCAAUAGUGUGUUUGAAAAUCAAUAAAGAUGAAUGGUUAGUUUAAAAUCGGUGUGGUGGUGACUUGAAAGGGGGACCGUUAAAAUGGACUAUAACCCCUCGGAUUGCACACGCCGCUCCGCUUUGUUAUUUGUACAGUAGAGGCACGAAUAAACAGCCACGCCCUCCAGGGGGAAAUACGUCACUGCCAGGUUUCGCUACCCACGUGAACCCGUGGAAAAAUCGCAUUCACGUGGGUCGGCUGCCCAAUCAGGGAGGGACAGGCGUGCGUGACGCAGAUAGACAGCGAGCCUUAUUUGGAAAUCUACCCACACGCCCCCCACCCAGCGCCAUUCGCCAGGGACAAGAAAAUUGUUCGGCUCUCAUCGGGACCCACGAAAUCUCGAGUUUUGUUUUAUUUUUAGGUCCUGCUGCUGUUGCCAUGGCAACGUCGCAGCCAACAAACUCGUCGGAAUGGCAGCUGUACAGAGUGUUGCAGCGUGCCAAUCUGUUGCAGUAUUACGAAACGUUCAUUGCACAAGGUGGCGAUGACGUACAGCAGCUGUGUGAAGCGGGAGAAGAGGAGUUCCUGGAAAUCAUGGCGCUUGUCGGCAUGGCGUCCAAGCCCCUUCACGUACGACGACUGCAAAAAGCUCUCCAAGACUGGGUCCAAAACCCACAGGACACAUCAUUCCAAGGCAGCACCAGCCUGUCUGCGAACCCGGCCCCAGGGAGCAUCACAGCGGUGGCGCGCGACCAGCUCCAGGCUCUCGGUUUCUCCUUACAUUCCACGCCCCCAUCGUCAGUGGUGACCGCUCCGUCGUGGAGCCCCCAGUCUCCGCAGCCCAGUGUGAGCCCGGGCCCACGCGACACACGCAGUCCCUCGUCCAACUCGCCACAACAGAACGAUGUCAAGGACGUCAGCAUGAUUGAUGAUUUCAGCCAGGGUGUUUGUGGAUACUCCCUUGCUGCCACCAGCCAACAUUCCCCGUCCCCUGUCUCCGGGGUGAUGUGUACCCCGGUCCUUGUGGAGAGCCAGAUCAACGCCAUCGCGGUUGCCGCCGAGAAACUCGCCAAAGAGUUACCUCCCUUCGAACCUAAAGAGCUCAAUAUGAAGAAACAGAUUAACAGAGAUAUUCAGACUGUUAUGAGGAUGACGGAUGAGAAUCCAAAUCGACUGGAGGAACUGAGAAAAUAUGCCGCCAUAUACGGUCGGUUUGAUUCAAAACGCAAGAACGAUCGUCCAAUGUCCUUACACGAGAUUUCCGUCAACGAAGCAGCUGCUCAGCUGUGUCGUCACAUGCCCGCGCUCAUCACACGUCGGGAAGAUUUAUUCCCCUUGGCGCGACAAGUCGUCAAAGACAGUGGCUACCAGUAUUCUAAAGGUCAUUCAAGGGAGGGCCAAACGAAAGACGUAAAUCUAAGAUUAAAUCCAGAGAGACAAGAAUUGCAUCUGUCAAGGGCGGCAGACAUGGUUGUAUCGUCAAAGAAACCUCGACUUGAUCCUGUUUUCCAGAGAAACUUCGACGCCUACCGCAAGAACGUGAAGCCAGACAUCGAUCGGACUCGCGCCAAGGAACGAAUCACAGCAAUAAAUCACCACAUUACUCAACUGAAAUAUAGAGAGGAGGAUAUUAAAAUCCAGAUUAACGUAGCAAGGAAAGCGGAGGAUAAAACGCUGGUUUCCAGUUUACAUUCGGAACUGGAAACGGCGAAGGCGAAACACAUUCAACUCUUAACGGAACAAAGUAAAAUUGUGUCGAAACUGAAGCAGCUAGAACGAUAUGAACAGUUAUCGAGUGAUCCAGAUUCCAGUCUCUCAUCAAGCAAUUCUCAUGACCUGGCGACAAGCGUUCUGCGUCAGACAGCCAACAAGUUGGUGCAGGAGACUCUGUUUGACGAGGGUCUGCGCAUCGCCCAGCAGUAUGGCAUGGCUGACUUCGCUGAGGAGCUCAAGGGUCUGCAGACGCAGAAAACUCCCAGUAACCACGACGAGGGAGACUCAGAAUCGGACAACUCGUGCAGUCCCACACCGAGUGAUGACGAAAACAGUAACAGCGCGACGUCGCAUAAUAACAGCAACGAAACGAUGAUGACGACGAUGUGUGGGAAUGAGAAAGACGAUUUAAUAAAGAAGGAAGUUGACGUUGAUGAGGAUGAGGAUGAGAAUGAGGAGGAUGUUCAGAUUCGGGAAAACGGGACGAAAAAAGUGCACGAUCUGAGGUGCAAUAAGAAAAUAAAUAAUGUGAAAACGGAAAAAGUUCCUUCGCAUAAAAAUAAGGCAGCUAGUCAAGAUAGAAAUGGAGAUGUUCAGAGUGGCGAUGAUGGGGAUGAUGAUGACAAUGAUGGGGGUGAUGAUAGUAAUAAUGAUAUUGAAAAUGACAAUGGCAAUUCGACAGAAAAACGUUCCAAACUGCCAUCACUCGGGUUCAGUACAGAUUUGUUACAAAAGAAAAUGGUGGAAAACGGGGAUUGAGGUGGUUGCUACAGCAACAUCUGCUAAUGUUUAUGAUGAGUUCUUCGAGUUUCUCUCUCUCUUAAUGAAAAUGCAUUCUAAAUUGAAAAUGAGGAUGAAAGGGCAAAACAAAAUGACUGAAUUUUUUUUCGUGAUGACUAUACUAUCAGGCAGUUAUUAAAUGGAUAUUGAUAGAGUUGCUAUAGCAACGCUGCUACAUUGAGUGUCAAGUUGCUACGAAGGGCUAGGUUCUCAUGUGUUCCUUUCCUUAAAAAAAAAAAAAAAAAGAUUUUGUAAAUUUUGAAUGAGAAUACGAGAACCCCUUGACUGAAUGUGAUGUUGUGUGUGAUUAAUAUAUUGAUAAAUCAGAUUACUAUAAAUUGGAGAUACCCUUGGUUGCUGUGGCAACAGAUGACUUGGCUGCUAUGGCAACAGUGCUUUGUCUGUUUACGAGGUGUUGUACUUGCUUCCCGUGUUGAUUGCUUCAGAUUGAAUGAAAGAAAGAAAGAAAACACUCAUCAACCUGUCUUAAAUAAUUAUAGGAUAUUAAACGAGCUUACAUUUCUUAUCAUGUUUAUGACCCAAGAGAAAUAAUGUUCACUUAUUUCACAAGGGACUUAAACAUGAUAAGAAAUGGUGCGGGUUUAAUAGCCUGUUUAUUACCCAUAAUCGAUCAUAAUUUAUAUCGCUCAUCUCACUCAGUGUGACGUUGUAAGGUUGUAGUGCGUCAGUCGAUGACGUCAUUGUGUGAUGCCGAAGUGUUAUGUCCCACUUGGCAUUCUAGUGGGACAUAUCACUUUGACCAUGUGGGACCUAAGUGAUCUCCCUUACCUAAGUUUCCUUUCUCGGUAGUUACACAGAUCAUUUGUCAUUGGUUGAAAUACUUUAUAGCCUUUUUAAAAAAAUAAAAUUAUCAAGCGCAA